AUGCCGUUCCAACCUUCCCACCGCAAAACCCCCUCAACCUCCUACCCCCGCUCCUCAAUGAUGCCAAGUCAAAACACCUUCAACCAGACCACAACGAGCAUGGGCCCCCCGCAUGCAGGAAGCACACCGUCCAUGUCCGCGGCUAAAAGCCGUCAAUACGCACAUCUGCACUCGCAGCUCGCCCAACUAAACGCCAAUCUCGCCGAUACGGAGAACCUGUUGCGCAUGACAGCCGUCCAGGCGGGUGAUAUGCGGUUUUUGGGUGGGUAUAUCGGGGGUAUGUUUAUGGGGUCUGCGAAGAUUCUGGGGGAGGAAGGUGUCAAGGGAAAUGCGGAUCCGAUUGAGAAGAGUCAGGAGAGUGUCAAGAAGGAGGAUAGUGAGGAGGAGUGA